GUUUUGUUUCCGGAGUCGUGGGCUGGCAAAAGAAGUGACGAACUGGAUCAGGCCUUCGGUAUUAGUGGCUGCCUUUUUGUCCACAACGACGGCUUCAUGGCCACACACAAAACUCCGGAUGGAGCCCUCAAAAUGGCGGAGUUCGCCCUCAAGGCUGCUGGCUACUUGUAA